AUGGCUGAUUCUCCAAUCAUGAAAUCAGUACCGGCUGAUAUCAAUACAAAACCGGACGAGUGCAAUAAUGUGAACCAAAGUAAUAGAAGAGUGAGUCACUCGUCACCGACAAAGAGUACGGACAUUGCAGAAGCUACUGGUAAAAGAGUGCUUCUAGAAGCAAAUGACAGACUGACAUGUGUUUACUUCCCAAUUGCUGAGGCAUUGCUUCCAUUUAUGGUGCCGAAGCUGAAAAAGGAAUCUUGUUGGAGUGAAGGCAGCGUGUCGGUUGGGAAAGGCGGGUCACCGCCCACAAUUCCCACGUUGGCUUUGUACUCCGGCAAGACCUCCGACUCUUUGCUCUGCCAGUGCACAAAAAGGUCUGUGUCGUCUCAUGCCAACGAUCUAUUGAGGAAGAGUUUUCGGUCUGCUCUUGUAGAUGCCCCCGAUAUGGUAAGAAGCCAGAUGAACUUCAAGAGGUUUUCUCUUACGGAUAUCAAGAUUGAUAUCAAAAGGAUCCCGACGAAGAAGACUCUGAUAGCUGCUAUGGGAGCUGCUGAUGUCAAGGGAAAAUGGGAAAAGAGCUCUUUGGGUAGGAAACUCAUUGUUCAAAAGAGAAGGGCCACCCUCAAUGACUUCGACCGGUUCAAGCUGAUGCUCGCAAAAAUCAAGAUUUCAUUUCCUCUCACCCAUUUUUUGUCAAACUCGCCGGCAAAGACUUCUACGUCGGCGACUCCGACGAAAACAUCACCAGGUGAGGCUGACAAGAAGCGGCGUCACUUUAGCUCGAUAUCCCCCCGCGGCGGCUGGCGGGAAGAAGCAACCUCUGGCGCCUCUAUCUGA